AUGACUGGGCAAAAAGAUUUCUCGCCGCCAUUUGCACGCUGUAGCCUUUUUGGAGACGAACACAUCAAAACCUUUGACGAACUGAUCUAUGAUUUUGCUGGAGAUUGUAGCUACCUGCUUGCUGGAGACUGUGAAAAGAGAUCUUUCCUCUUACUGGGUGACUAUCACAAUGGAAAAAGAACCAGCCUUUCUCUGUACCUUGGAGAAUAUUUGGAUAUUCAUGUGUUCUUAAAUGGCACUGUGACUCAAGGUGAAAAAAGGUCAGUGUUUUUCAACCUUGAGCCACCCAGAGUUUUUGGUUAUGAGAUGGGAGGGAUAUUGGAAGAGAACAGCUACAAUUUUGCGAACUCCUGGGCCAUGAGUAACCAACAGAAGAAGUGCCAGCGAGUGAUGCCUCCAAGCUACACAUGCAACAUUUCCUCAGAGGCUGCAGAAAAGUCUUCAGAACUUCAACUUUUGACCUGGAAAAUCUGGGGCUUAAAAUGA